CGGAAGGGCGACGUGGGGUUGCUGGGAAGCGCCUGCCGGAUUCACGGGGCAUUUUCCGCGUCCGGGUCGGCCGGCGUCGUCGAAGGGGUUUGUUCGGGGGGUGGUCUCCACGCCGCUGGACGGAUCAAACACUGGUACAACUACAAAAUUUUGGACCACUGAUAUUCUUUCCCCUUUUAUGGUGAACGGGACAUCAGCAGCAGUUUCUUCAACAUCAGGAAUAUCUGAGCCCUUUCUGGUUAUCCUGUGCAGUACUAUGAAGCUGUCGCAUGAUUUCCAGAGCUGCAGUUUUGGCCGUUGAUUUAUUUGUAUUUCCUGUCUGGUCUGAGAUGGAAGAAGACGCAGUAAGUACAAUGACUGUCCCAAUUUGGCAGAACAAACCUUACGGCUCGUCACGCAGCUUUGUCAGAAAAAUUGGAACAAACCUGCCUUUAAAACCGUGUCCUAGAGCAAGCUUUCAGGCUCUACCAAAUGUUUCAGAUCUCUAUUUAAAUGACGCUCCCCCUGUCCCCACCCUGGCAGAUGUCGCAUGGAUCGCUUCAGAUGAUGAAGAAACGUAUACUAGAGUCAGGACAGACUCUCGUCCUCUAAAGCACAAGUGGAAGCCCAGCCCGUUCUUUGUCAUACAGCGCAAUGCCUCUGUCCCAAACUUGAGAAAGCAAGAAGAAAAGUUAUUGGCUUUGAAGAAACCAGGUUUACCUGCCUUGAGUCGGACCACAGAACUCCAGGACGAGCUGAGUCAUCUGCGGAGUCAGAUAGCAAAAAUUGUAUCUGCAGAUUCAGCUUCCUCUUCAUUAACGCCAGAUUUAUUAUCUCCAGGAAGUUCAAAUGUAUCUUCUCCCUUACCUUGUUUUGGAUCCUCAUUCCAAUCUACAACUUCCUUUGUCAUUAGUGAUAUAACGGAGGAGGAGGCAGAGUUAGAAAGUCCAGAGCUUCCAUCCGUUUCCUUGCUUUGUUCUGCAACCUCUGAAUGUUGUAAAGCAGACCCAAAGGAUUCCGACGAUGAAGAUUCUGUGUCCCUGUCCAAGGCCAGCAGUUUUGCAGACAUGAUGGGCAUUCUUAAAGACAUUCAUCGGAUGAAACAGAACAAAGACUUGAAUAGAACUUUACUGAAAGAGGAGGAUCCUGCAGUUCUCAUAGCGGAAGUUUUAAGAAGGAAAUUUGCCCUGAAGGAUGAAGAUGUAAACACAAAAAAGAACUGACGUCAUGUUCCCUUAUUACUCUAUAAGCAAAUUAUUAUACCCCUAAGAUUUUUUUUUCCACAGUGGCUGCCUUCCUCAAAACUCAUUAUUUAAAAGUUAGGCUACCUCUGAGAGGAGCUGUGGAUUUGCUGUUUUUCCACUCAACUUAGGAAGAUGCAAUUUUUUAUAGGGUGAACUGUUUUCCACAACUGUUUUUUGCAAUGUUGGUAAGGAUUCUUCUGUAGCAGAAUAUGCCAGAGACUUGAUGGAACAAUUUAAAUUAAAAAUGAUAUAUUCAUAAUUUUGCUGCAAAAAAAUGGCUAGCUACUGGUUUAUAUACUCUAAAUGGACACAAGUAUCAAGCCUGUGGUAAGUUAUCAAGAUAUAUAGUCCUUCCAACUUCUCCGUUAUUGGUGGAUUCUUCCUGUGUUUUUUUAGAAAGGUUAGUUUAUCGAAAAUGGUUUACAUUUCCCCACAGUUUAUUUUCCUUCGAGAAAUUCUGUGUGCCUGAGACAGACCUGAUCAAAACAUGUUACCCUGAAAGCAUGAAUAGCUUCAUUUGUACUCUGAGUUUCUCCCCGAUAGGAACUUGAAGGAACAUCAUUCUUCUCACAACAACCAUGCGAUAGUUUGACUGAGUGUGGUUUGAACCUGGGUCUCUCAGAUCCGAGUCUGACCACUGUACCAGGCAGGCAACAUUUACAGAUUGGUUUAUGUACCUCUUAACACAGCUGUGGCAGACUUUUCUUUUUUUUCCAGAAAGGGAUUUAUUUAAAACAGUAGUAAACACCCUAUUUUGCUUGUGAUGUCCUUUAAACAGUUCACAUCAGGAAAUAAAUGAUUUGAUUCUUCAGAAGAGGUUGUGGGUCAGUGGUCGAGGCCAUGUUUUUUACAAAGAGGGAGUUGCAGGUUAGUCUUUGACCUCCAGUUAGAGCAGUGGUUCUCAACCUUCCUUUUGCCAUGACCCUUUAAUACAGUUCCUCAUGUUGUGGUGACCCCGAACCCUAACAUUUAUCCAUUUUACAGAUGGAGAAUACUGAUGCAGAGAUUCUUAGGUGACCCCUGUGAAAGGGUCGUUCGACCCCCAAAGGGGUCCUGACCCACAGGUUGAGAAUCACUGAGUUAGAGGCUGUCAAGUGAAUGAUAUUGGAGAAGACUUUUUCCUGCCUGAAACAGUGAAGAAAUGCUGCCAACUAGAAUAGACUGCAAAAUGGUGGACUUGGUCCAAAGUAGCUUCAGGUGAACAUUGUUGAAAAUUUUGCUGCGAGAAAUCAUUGCAGUUCUCCUUCAUGUAACAUUCCUUUAUUUAAUAAUUAGUAACCACAAGGCACUAUGAUAUGUAUUUACAGUAUACCUUUUAUUUAAGUUUCAAACCUGAAUGUCACGUGCAUAACUAGGCCUGCAUCCCACUGAGCAAUUACAAGUCAGUGCUUAAUUACUCGAUUGCCUUCCGAAUCCUCUGUGAAUAGCAAGUCGUAACAUGACUCCAGUUGAAUCUCUGCUCCUGCAGGUAGUUGGGGCCCACUCUCUUUAGGAAAACAAGUCCUAAAGCAGUCUCUAUAGACUGGGCUGGUUCCUCGGUUGCUUUUGUCCCACAGAGGCUGUUUCAGCAAACAAAGUUUUUCUCGCUCGCCAGAAAAGUGGUGAGAAAUUACUCUGUGGCCCUCAGAGUCUUGACUGAACAAGGAGCUGGUGCAUCCUGAUUGGCUGUUCUCGGGCCCCUUAUCAGAAACAUGAAGAGCCAUGACUGUUUCUGAGGAAAUCCCUGCCAUGUUUUGGUUAAAGUCUCUCAGCUUCACAGCUGUGCCCCUCCUCUCCAGCUGAGGAUCUGUGUUCUCAGAGUCUGAGGAAUCACUCAGGCAGCUCUUGCUGAAGGAGGAAUGGCUUCUGUCUCUUCUCAGAGCUUUCAGGUUUUGGUUAGUUUGGGAACACAGGGUGCUGGAUGUUCUCCGUCCACCAUUUUUGUUUCUCAAAGGUGACCUGGAAACAGCACUAUGAGUGGAGGCUAAGUUGUUAUCUUCUGUGGUUAGUUUUUCUUCCUUAGCUCGAUCCAUACCUCUGCUGUUACUGUGAGAAGAGGCUUGAUAGGUAUCAUUUGGUACAAGUUUGAAUUCCAGAAGUGGCAGAAAUGAUGAGGCUACCAACCGGCUUUUCUUCCCUUCUACUGAUUCACAUCCUUGCAGGCUGUGGUUGCUUUUUGACGCAGCGCCUGGCAGCCCUGAGUUUGUGCUGGCUUUCUUUUCUCCUGAGGGGGGAAAAAAGAAUUUUAAUUGAGCCAGACGCAUCAAAUACACACAGCCUUUAGACCUGCCAAAUACUGGUAAAUAUCUUACCCUUAUCUGUGCAGGUGAGCAUUUUUAUUGGGUACAGUACACAACUUCUGAGAAUUUUUUAAAAUUCCUUGGCUCCAUUAUCAACCAAAAAGGAGACUGCAAACAAGAAAUCAGAAACAGACUGAGACUAGGAAGGCCAGCCGUGAUAUUAUGGGGUAGGCAGGGUGGGAUAUAAGUCCAAAAUAAAGUAAAAGAUUCUUAAGGGCAAUGGUGACCAAGUUCAGGGUAAUUCAUGCCAUAGUAUUCUCCAUUCGAAUGUAUGGGUGUGAAAGAUGGACAGUGAAGAGAGCUGGCAGGAAGAAAGUUGAUUCAUUUGAAAUGUGGUGUUGGAGGAAAGUUUUAUGGAUAUUGUGAAGUGCCAAAAAAAACAAAAACAAAUUAGUGAGCUGUGGAUCAACUCAUGCCUGAACUCUCCCUAGAAGUGAAAAUGACUAAACUGAAGCUAUCAUACUUUGGUCACGUUGUGAGAAGACAAGACUUUGGGUAAGGGAGGCUGCCUGUGGCCUUUCUGCAUGAGUUCAUGGCAUAGGCCUUGCUUUCUUCUUUCCAGACCAGAAGCUCGCCCAGAGCAGACUUGUUCUGCAAGAACUUCAGCUGCACGCCCAUGGAGGGCGUGUAGUUCUCUUGCAUGCCAUCAAAAAUUCCACAGGCUUCAGAAACACGAGGAAACAAAUAACUGCAGAUAAAUAGUGUUAGAACCACUGCCGCUUGGCCUACCUGUCAGCAAUUUCCUACUGUUAUUUUGUUUUAAAUUGUGGUAUGGUGAGACAUGAGAGCAGAUGGAAUGCAAUCACUGAUCAGUAGUGUAAACUGGGAACUCCCUGGCUUAAACCUCUCAGGUGUAAUAAAACUGACCUACCUUACAGGGUUGUUGUAAGGAUUAUGACAAAAUAGUGUUUUUGUUCAACAUCUUGAACACUGAAGAAAACAUUAUGUACAUGCUAAGUACUGCUGUUACUCUCCCAGUUGGCAUACCUGAGGGCUGUAGCUACCCAGGGUGACUCUUGAGCUAAGCCGCAAGUAGCCUAGGCUUCAGCAGCUCUACAUUUUUACAAUUGCAUGAGGAUGAGAAGUGGAAGGCUCAAAAGCCAAGCAGACAUAGUUUCCACUGCCCUCCUCAUUCACCUUUUCAAAGCUGCCUCAAGUUUGCUUGUUCAGUUUUUCAAUGUGAUGCAGCAUCAAUAAGCAGUAAGGAGCUGUGGCCAAUGUUCAAGUGUCCUUCAGGGCAGUAGGAAGACGACAGCCAUUUUGGAGGCCAUUGUGUGUGUGGGUCUGUUUUUGUGAAGUGUUUUCACAAUGAAAGGUGCAAUAGAAGUGUGAAGUAAUAAACCUUCUACAAAACCUU